CAUCCCCUCUCCCGCUGUUCCCAUUCCCGCUGUUCCCAUUCCCGCUGUUCCCAUUCCCGAUCCCAUCCCCUCUCCCGCCGCCAGGGGGUGUCUCUGUCUCUGGCUCCAGGGGAGCUCCUGGCCGUGCUGGCGCCCCCUGGCGGCGGGAAGAGCUCCCUGGCGGCGGCGGCGCUGGGACUGCGCCCCCUGGCGGGCGGGGCGGUGCUGCUGGACGGGACCCCCCUGAGCCCCCGCGCGGACCCCGCCCUGCGGAGACAGGUGGCUGGUGUCCUGCAGUCUCCGUCCCUCCUGUCCCGCUCCCUCAGUGCCAACAUCACGCUGGGUUGGGGAUACGGGGAGGGGAUGCAGGUGACACAGGUGACAGCGGCGGCACAACGGGUGGGGGUGCACACCUGGGCCACACGGCUGCCACAUGGCUACAACACAGAGGUGGGCCCGCGGGGGAUGCAGCUCUCAGGGGGGCAGGCGCAGGGGGUGGCGCUGGCCCGGGCCCUGCUCAGGAUCCCCCUCAGGCUGCUGGUGCUGGAUGAACCCACGCGGGCGCUCGACCCCAUGACCCGGUGCCAGGUGGAGCAGGAGCUGCUGGGUCCUGGUGGCCUCGGGGCUGGGGAGGGGCCGGCGGUGCUGCUGGUGACAGGGCAGGUGGCCCUGGCCCGGCGGGCACCCAGGGUAGCCCUGCUGGAGGGGGGGCGGCUGCGGGAGCUGGGCAGCCCUGAGGAGCUGGGGACACCUCCCUGGGAGACAGCAGGGGACAGCAGGGACACCUGGGAAUGGGGGGGGGGACACUGA